AUGGCGGAACAGCGCGAAAGGGGCGGCCCGGAGCAGCGGGGCCGGGCGGGAAGGCGCUGGACGGCGGAACAGGAACAGCGGCGGCCUGGCGUCCCAACAGGCGGCGGAGCUGAGCUGGAGCUCAACGAACACGGCCUCGUGAUUGAGACGCUGCGGGAGGUGGAUCCCACACGGAAGUGUUACCGCAUGGUGGGGGGCAUCCUGGUGGAGCGCACUGUCAAGGAGGUGCUGCCCGCACUCGAGGGCAACCGAGAGCAGAUCAGCAAAAUCAUCGAGUCGUUGAGCCAGCAGCUGCAGAGCAAAGGCCGCGAGCUGAACGAGUUCCGUGAGAAGCACAACAUCCGCCUGGUGGGCGAGGAUGACCCCCGGCAGCCCCCCAAGGACGGCACCGAGGGGGGCAAGGGCGGCACUGCCGGCGUCCUGGUGUCGUAGCCUUGUCCCCCUGCUGCCCCCUGCCCUCGUUGAGUGAUUUUGUUGAAUAGAUGUGGGGAUUUUGGGUCACAAGUGUUCUCUAGUUACGGGGCAGAGCCCUGGGAGGUGGCACUGAGGGCGGUGAUAGCGGUGGCACUUUGAGGACGCCCUUGAGCUGCCCCAUGGCUGCUGGUGGCCGCCUCCUUCCUGCACCACGUCCCUGCUGUGCCCUGGGCUGUGGGGGAGGGGCACACAAAGGUGUCACUUCUGCUGGGGGUGCAGGGGACAAAAAGCCACCAGGACGUUGUCCCCGCUUGGA